AGGAACCAACGAUCAGACUGAGAGAACCGAGAGUUAAGGCUUUUAGGGUUCCUGAGAGCUCAGCUGCAAGUGACUGGGUGACAAGGCACACAGGCUCAGCUGUGGGAGCUUCAUCAUGAUUCCACAAGCAGAGAACAAUGAGACCAUCACAGACAUUUCACCAAAUGGAAUCAACUUUCCCCAAACAGACAAACCCGAGCCUACCUACCAGUGGCAAGAUAUCCUGAAGAAACAUCUAAAGCCUGAGAUCAAAGUGAUGGCGGCAAUCCAGAUCAUGUGUGCUGUGAUAGUGCUGAGUCUGGGAAUAAUUUUUGCAUCUCUUCCACCAGUCCCACAUUUUACCUCAGUGAUUUCAGUCCUGUUAAAAUCUGGAUACCCAUUUGUCGGAGCUUUGUUUUUUAUUGUCUCUGGAAUUUUGUCCAUCAUUACGGAGAGAAAGUCAACAAAGCCUUUGGUAGAUGGAAGCCUGACUCUGAACAUCUUGAGUGUGUCAUUUGCUUUCGUGGGCAUUGUUAUCAUCUCUGUCAGCCUCGCUGGUUUGCAUCCUGCCUCAGAGCAGUGCAUGCAGAGCAAGGGACUUAGACCAACAGAAUAUCAUUACUACUACCCUUCCUAUAGCUCAGACAGAAAUGAAUGCAUCACCGCCAGGUCUGUUUUGGCUGGAGCCCUUUCAGUGAUGCUGAUAAGCAGUAUGUUGGAGCUUGGUCUGUCUUUGUUCUCUGCCAUGCUGUGGUCGAAAGAGUGUGUUCUGAAUUCCCUUGGAAUGUGAUUUUCCUGUCUUAUAACUCCAAUAACGAAGCCAAUAUGGAAUCAAAGGCACUUUGUAAUCAUGCCUAUGAGGAAUGAUUCGUUUGUUAAGAAAAAGAAAAGAAAAGAAAAGAAAAUACUCCCCAAAUAAGUUGGAAUUAUAAAGUAAAGGGCAUGGGUUCAUGACAAUGCAGAUAAUCCAACCAUCACAAGGUAGCAAUGUUUGUUACUUAAAAUGUAGACUUUAUACAGUGAAUUCCAGUGUGGGUUGAAUAGGUGUGUUAGUGGCACCCUAUUGAUUUUCAUGACCUUGGCUGCAGCCAAAGCUCAGACCUACAAAUAGUGACCAAAGUCCCAGAUAUUUCUCAGAAAACUAACAGCAUGUUUCAGGGCAUUGUGGUGGAGCAAAGGGACAACAUUUUGUCCCCUGCAAUUAACAGCAACAGUUGACCAUUUACAGUCUUUGUAUUCAGAAUCCCUGUAAUGUCAUGGGUCUUUUAUCAUAUCAACUUUAUUUACUAGUGCAUAGAAACAAGUGACUCACAAUGAAAUCUCAAGGAGUGUUAAAGCUGUUGAUAAAAAUAAAGUAUUUUUUGAUUGUGUGUUCUAUA